UUUGACCUGUCACCCCAUUUUCAUGGCUACCAUUACCAACAACAAAUCCACUUACAAAAAACUCAACACACCAGUCUUUUUACCAUUUCACUCCCAAAAAAUCUUCACCACCAUGACUCAACAGCUUCAUAUCUUCUUCUUUCCGUUCAUGGCUCACGGCCAUACUAUCCCUUUCAUCGAUUUAGCCAUCCUCUUCGCCACCAAAGGCGUUAAAUCGACCAUCAUCGCCACCCCAUCUAACGCACCCCAUAUUAAAAAAGUAACCCACAAAGCCAAUAAACUCGGGUACCAAAUCGACACCCUUGUCAUCAAAUUCCCCGCCGUCGAAGCUGGAUUGCCCGACGGAUGUGAUGAUACAGACAAAGUUCCGUCACCGGACAUGAUGCCUAAGUUCUUCUUAGCUGUUGAAAUGCUUAAACAACCUCUUUCUGAUCUCCUUAAACAACACUGUCCUCAUUGUCUCGUUGCCGACAUGUUCUUUCCAUGGACGACUGAAGUUGCUGCUAUGUUCAAGAUUCCGAGGAUUGUUUUUCACGGAACCUGUGUUUUUUCCUUAUCCGCCAUGGAACAUGUUCGGUUGUACCAGCCUCAUAAAAGUAAAGAAACCUUUACGAUACCGAACUUUCCCGGCGACGACAUAAAGAUGACGACCGCUGAAUUACAAGAUUACGUUAAACAAGAAACAUGGCGGACGAAGUUGUUCAACGAUAGUAAAGAAACUGAAUCGGAAUGCUUUGGGGUCAUCGUUAAUAGCUUUUACGAGCUUGAAUCUGUUUACGCCGAUCAUUACACUGAUUUUUUGGGACGACGGGCGUGGCAUGUUGGUCCUAUAUCGUUAUCAACUAAAGGGGUUAUUAAUAAAGCCGAAAGAGGGAAACAAUAUUCAUCAAUUGAAGAACACGAGUGUUUAAAAUGGUUACAAUCAAAGGAUCGAAAUUCAGUCGUUUAUAUAUGCUUCGGCAGUACAACAAACUUCGUUGAUUCCCAACUCAUGGAAAUAGCAAAAGGGCUUGAAGCUUCGGGUCAACAGUUUGUUUGGGUAGUGAGAAAAGAGAAGGAAAGUAAUGAUGAAAAAGGAAAAGAAAAUUGGUUGCUUGAAUUUGAGAAGAGGAUGGAAGGGAAAGGAUUGGUUAUAAGAGGAUGGGCACCCCAAGUUUUGAUUCUUGAAAACGAAGCCAUUGGUGGGUUUGUCACACAUUGUGGGUGGAACUCCAUUCUCGAAUCGGUGACUGCCGGCGUGCCUGUUAUUACUUGGCCGGUGGCUGCCGAGCAGUUUUAUAAUGAGAAGCUGUCGGUUGAGGUAUUGAAGAUUGGGGUUGGUGUUGGUGCUCGGAAAUGGAAGAGACUUGUUGGGGAUUUCGUGAAGAGUGAAGCGAUAGAGAAGGCCGUGAAGGAGAUAAUGGUGGGGGAGAAAGCCAUGGAAAUGAGAAAUAGAGCUAAGAGAUUUGCAGAUAUGGCGAAGAAGGCUGUUGAAGAUGGUGGUUCGUCGGAAUCUCAUUUGAAUGCUUUGAUCGGUGAACUAAGCUCUACCGCCGUGAAAACAUGCAAAUAAUGGAGAUUUUUUUUUAAGUUUUGCCAAUUUAUUUUUAUAGUUUUUAUAUUGGAAUAAAUUAUAUUAGAAUAUUCUAAAAAUAUAUAUUUUUUAAGCAUUAAUAAAAUAGUAUAAAGAUGUUUUAAGUUUUA